GCCUACUAUUAUAGAUUCUGUACCGCUUUAAGCGGAUAUUUGUCCGUACCACUACGUAAUGCGCCCCUGUAGUCUUGACUGUGGAACCCCAAGUGCGGACCUGCCAACGCCCGGCAUAAAGACACAAACAGAGAGGAUACGAUCUUGAAUGAGAACAGUGGAUCCUAACAAAGCACAGCUAUGCAGACCAUUAAGUGUGUUGUCGUGGGCGACGGUGCCGUGGGUAAAACCUGUCUUUUAAUCUCGUACACGACCAACAAAUUCCCCUCUGAAUACGUACCUACGGUCUUUGAUAACUAUGCAGUAACGGUUAUGAUUGGAGGGGAACCGUACACCCUAGGAUUAUUCGACACCGCAGGUCAGGAAGAUUACGACAGGUUACGACCCCUGAGCUACCCCCAGACCGACGUCUUCUUAGUCUGCUUCUCCGUCGUCUCUCCCUCUUCCUUCGAAAACGUUAAAGAAAAGUGGGUACCCGAAAUCACCCACCACUGUCCAAAGACCCCCUUCCUGCUGGUGGGGACGCAGAUCGACCUGCGGGACGACCCCUCCACCAUCGAGAAGCUCGCCAAGAACAAGCAGAAGCCCGUCACCCCGGAGACGGCCGAGAAGCUGGCGCGGGACCUGAAGGCCGUGAAGUACGUGGAGUGCUCCGCCCUCACGCAGAAAGGACUGAAGAACGUCUUCGACGAAGCCAUACUGGCGGCCCUGGAGCCCCCGGAACCCAAGAAGAAACGCAAAUGUGUGCUGCUAUGAGCACGCUCAGUCCGCUCCCCCCCCCCCCCCCCCCCCACCCCCUUACCCCCCCCAUACCCCCCCACCCCCACCCCACCUCCACCACCACCACCCUCGCUCUGCUAAGGCUGAUCGUCAGCUUCGUACUCUAAAGCAAUGUGUGUUUAAACAUAGUUUGAUUUUACUCUACGAGGAUUGAACUCUGCACACGACCGCAGUGGAUGGAAAAAAAAAAAAAAAAAAAUGAAAAAAAAAAGAGUUCCUUUUACGGUCAUCCCAUUAAUGCAAUGUUGUAGGCCUUUUUUUUUGUUUUAAGUAAGAUAAGAAACCCAACUCAUGGGUGUUUUUUUUUUUUUUUUUUUUUUUUUUUAGGGGGGAGGGGGGGUGGCUGCAGUGACCCUGUUUCUUAGUGACGUAAUUGGCUUGGGGAAUUGCUUGUGAUUCUAAGUGCCACUGCUGGAACGCCCUACCAACUGAUGCUGAUGUGAGGUCGCUUAUUUCAAAGGGGUGGGAUGGGGUGGGAUGGGGUGGGGUGGGAGGGGUGUCAAAUCCGUUUAAAAUGCUGGUCCCCGGAGGAAACCGAGCCCAAAAAGGUCAGAGCACUUUUCAAACGAUGACUAAUGGAGUUUCCGCGUCGGCUCUCGUCUCUGAUUGGCUGGACGGGACACCCAGGCCACGCGCCCAAUAGCAGGUUUCGAGCGAGCAACAGCUCCCAGUGGAAGAGAUUCGCUUUGUUUUUAAACGGUUCGUGUGACUGUCAUCUCUUACCAAAACCAAAAUGAUCCAGUAAACCGAAUGCAGCUUGUGCCUUCUUGUCUGCAGGCAAGCACGUCUCGUUCAAAGCUAUCUCUAUCCUAGCUAGCAUAGAAUACAAUUAUCCCCCCCCCUCCGCCCCCAAGGCCACAACUCUCGUGUUUGGUUGUAGACGUUUAAGAAAUUAACCAAAUUAAUGUAACAGUUUUGUCUGUCUGUGAGGAGCGUUUUAACUUGUUGCAGAAGUGGGACUGAGGAAAUGACUUAUAAAAAAAGCAGGGAACUUCAACAGUGUUAGCAGAACAAGUGGGGGAUUGCUAAGAUGCCAGGGACCAAGCAGGCAUUUAAACCAGAACUUGUCGUCAUGCAUGUAGGUAAUCCUCUGGGUUCCUGUGUUUUAGGUUAACAGAAUUAAUAAUAAUGUAAGCUGGUAAAAAUCAAUGUUUUUAGAUUCCAGUGUUAUGCAUUUUUACCAAAAUCUACUUUUUUUUUUUUUUUUUUUUUUUGAGCCGUUUUAUAUAGGAUACUUUCACACAUUUCAACCAGUCACGGGGCUGGAUUAUAUCGAACUUUGACCCACUCGUGAAGGAUCAAGAUACUUGAUGCCAAUUGUUUUUUUGUUUUUUUUUGUUUUGUUUUGUCUUUUUCUUUUCCCCUCGACGUGAAUUUGCAAAAUGCGUAUUAACUGUUCCUUUUUUUUUUUUUUUUUGUCUUUCAAAGUUGGCAAAUAAUGGAUGGAGCAAAGUUUUUUUUAAUUUUAAUUUUAUUUUUUUUAAUUCCAGCCUGGUUCAUAUUACGUUUUUGUUUUGUUUUGGUGCAGAACCAAAUGCUUUGUCUGAUGUCUGUUCUUUGUAUAUGCAUUCUUUUCAAAAAUAUUAAACUUAUACCUUAAUUGCCUUUA